CUUAAUGUGGGCCCCAAUAAGCUCAAGAGGUGGGUGGGGGGGGGCAUGAUGCCACUGUUGCGACGAAGUGAGGGCGGGCGGGGAAUUUGGGGUCUUUGGUUGGAAUGCAGAUGGCACAAUGCAUCGCAUCCAAUGUUGCCCGGUUGCUUGGGCAAUUGCGGGACCCAGUGGAGUCAUGACUAGUUAUCGUGGUGCUUGUGCUGCCCAAGCAGUAAUUGCGGCUGUUGAUCAGUCAGACCGGGCGGAAGACAGCGACCUCAGCGUAGCGUCAUGCGCAACCUGUCAGCCAACAGCCAACGGGCGGGUGCUUGAGGACGAAUCGAAUCCGCACCCACGCGGGGCCAAUCGAUCGACUGCAUUAGCGACAUGUAGACGCUCCCGGAAGUGUCGCGCAAGGGAAAAGGCAGGCCACGGAGCGUGUUCCAGAUGCUGGGCGCGAGCCGAAACGUUUAUUGCAGUAUAUGAAUGGCAAACAUGUCUUUCCCGGUGUACCAUCCAUUGCCCAGCCAGUCGUAGAUGGACUGCACAGCAUGCAGGCGAGCGCCAGCAUUCAUGCGUCGCGUAACCUUCGGAUAUAUCGUAUGUGAGGGCUAGGGGUGCAGUCAUCCAUUCCCAGUAUCUCGGACGAGCUUUGGCUGGCUAAAUAGGGGGGGACCUGAGGAGCGGAUGUGUGUCAAUAUGUGGGCGUGCAGGUGGCAGACG